AUGGCAUCCAUUAAGUCAAUUUCAACAAUUCUCAAAUUCGUCAUGUCUGUUUUAAGCUACUCCGCCUUAGCUGGAGCGAUCGAUCGAGCUGAGACAACGCUGGCUUGCACGCGCCCUCAUAAUUACCCGGACGUUCCUCUUUCACGUGAUAACACAACUGCCACAGACGUUUUAAACGUGCAACAGUGUCUCAGGGCCAACGGCUAUCCUGUCAAUACAACUGUAGCUGUUGACCAGUCGGGCACGCUAAUAAUACACCCAGGGUUAACGUUCAAUCGCCCCUCCAAUUAUAUAACGGCUGUGAGGAGAUGUCGGCAGUUAUAUGGCUACGGACUUGCAACAGCAGUACUGGAGGGGCCCGUCCUUGACCCAGAAGAUACGCCAAUCGGCACGCUGCUCGAUAUAGUAUUGUCUGGGCGUCGAAUUACAGGCGUUCGGAGAUUACAAAGGGCUACUGAAGCCACCGGCACGAGCCAGCCGUUACCUACGGAUGGCAGCUCAUAUAUGAGGAGGUCGAGCAGUUACUACUACUCCUUCAUGUCUGAGGAGAGUGGAUGCGGGAGUGAUGAGAAGUUUAUAGACACAACUGAUAUGUGCCAGGACAAUAACAAAAACUCCUUUGCAUCCUUCAUGGUUCGAAACCCUAAUGCAAAGUACGAUCUUGACUUUACAGCGUGGCCUCACCAUGACUGCAUAAAGGGUAACGCUAAGACGUAUACAGUGGGGCCUGAUGAGUUACUGUCAUGCACUAAACGCAAAACGUAUUCUUGGUAUGGUGCCUUAGCUGAUGACGACUGCUACGGGGACGACCCCAGCUCCAGCUGCGUCACUAAGGACGUCAACACGUACACGGGAACAUAUAAGGUUUGGCAAAUAAUAGUUGAAGGCAAAUACUAA